AUGGCGCAAAUUAGCAGCAACAUUAUGAAGAAAGCUUCAGUUCUCGCCGUCGUUGCAUUCUCUGUGGCAGCCACCGUAUCAGCUCAAGCAACGGCUCCCGCACCUUCUCCUGACGCCGGAGUGGCCUUCUCUGUUCCGAUUUCUGGAGUUGUGAUCGGAUCUUCUAUGCUUCUAUCUCUCGUCACAUCUCUUGUGUUGGAAUUAUUUGGAUGA